AUGGAGCAUCUUCACUACCGCCUUGAGAUUCUCAAAUAUUCAAUUGAACCAAAGGUCGAUGAUGCACCCGAAGAACCCAAGCUUGAUACGGCAUCCAAAGCCAGCGACCGCAUGGCUAGAUUCAAAGCCCUCCAAGCUCGCGCCAAGAAAUCUUCAGAAACAAACUUCAAAGAAGCAAGCCUGGAAUCACAACGCCUCUCCACGAAUCCUAGCGAGCUCACUGCUCUGCAUCGCAGACACGCAAUCGCAUCCCACAAACUACUAAAGGCGGACACCGAGGAGGCUGGAGAGGAUUUUGAGCGCAAACGGGCCUGGGAUUGGACCGUGGACGAGAGCGAAAAGUGGGAUAAGCGCAUAAAGAAGAAGGCGGUGCACCGCGAUAACAACGCCUUCCAAGACUAUCACCACGAAGCCAACAAGUCGUACAAAAGGCAGCUUCGCAAUAUCAAUCCUGAUCUCGAGAAAUACGAGAAGCAGAAGAUGGCUGCCAUUGAAAAAGCUGCGGCUUCUGGCGGUCUAGACAUCGUCGAGACAGAAGACGGCGAGCUUAUCGCUGUGGAUAAAGACGGUUCCUUCUACUCAACAGCGGACUCGACAUCAUUUACUCAAAAUAAACCCGACAAGGAGGCUAUUGAUCGCCUAGUCAAGGAUCUUCAACGCGCAGAAGAUGUUCGUCUCAAGAAGAGAAAGGAGCGAAUGGCACAAAACGGCGAGGACGGAGAUGUCACGUACAUCAAUGAGAAGAAUAAGCAGUUCAACCAGAAACUAUCGCGUUUCUACAACAAAUAUACUGCUGAGAUCAGGGACAGCUUUGAGCGUGGAACAAUGAUAUAAGAUAUUAAUCAGUUACUUUCAAGAGGGAAACGGGCAAGGUUAUUGAGAUAUAUGAGGAGCGUUUGUUUGUUUUGGAAAUUAACUUGCACACAUAGAUACAGCGUUUUGCUUUUAAUCAUACAUCAAUCUUAAUUCAUAGCAUCGUCUUCCUCCACCCCUUGGACGCGAGCUCUUCGAUCCGCUCAAGCUCCACGGGACCCUUGAUUGUCUCAUCCGCAAGUGCCUCGACCACAGCCUCUGCAACUGUAUCAACUUGAAGAGGUUUCGUUCCUGCUGCCCCCAUGAAAUUUUUCAAGACGUUGC